AUGCAUGUUCUGGCAAAUGCGGAUAUCAUUGCAUCGGCAACCGUACACGAUUUACGUAUGUUCCCUGGUCCGGCCAACAGUGUCUCUGUAUCUGUUACAUGGGAUCCUUUGAGUUUGGGGGGUACAAAAGCAGUGAGCCAAGGCCGGCACGUUAUAUCCGAUUACUUGUCUGGCAAGAAUGCGAUUAUUGCGCUGCAAUCCCACCAUGACAGCUUUCCUGGCAUGCCUGGCGUAGGCGAUGCGCUCAAGAAGAUUCGAAUGGAGUUUUCUUUACCGCCAAUGGAUUUGCCCGACAAUGGAGAUGAUGAUGACGACGAGGGGAGCCAUGGGUUCAUUCGCAAUGCUGUUUUCCAUCUGUUUUCAUCGUCUGCAACGUUUGACCUCGCAUCGCCAUUGAAGCAUAAUACCAUUUACAUUGAAAAGGUGAAUGCCACGGCAUUUUACAACCAUACGCAACCAGUCGGCACCAUCGUCUACAACGAGUCGAUAAAAGUUCCACCAGGUAUCACAGAAACUCCGUACUUGCCUGUGGAAUGGGAUCUUGACAGCGUCGGAUUUGACAAGAUGAAGGAUGCGCUGGGCGGCACGCUUCGACUUGAUGCAGUAGCCAAUGUGACGGUUCGAUUGGGCGAGUGGGUGGAGGAGAUAUACUACCAAGGGAGAGGCAUUGGUGCAAGCAUUGGAUUUUAG